AUGCUGCACGUGACCUGGAUAGCAUCGGUGGUGGUGGCGGUGACCAUGGCCAUGGCUAUGGCCUCGGCGACAGCCAUGGCAAUGGAGAAUGAGCUUGGUCAGGGCGUGCAGUGCUCUGGCAAGGCCAACACCGCGGCGCCGUACACCGCACCGCCACAGCUUGUGGCCUCUACCACCAACGGGAAGAAGUUUGUGGUCGGGCCUACGGGCAACCAGAUCACUGUCGUCCACCUCUACGGCACACCCUACGAGAUGGGCGUGGCGGCAGGGACGCUGCUGAAGCAGGAGAUUAUCAACUUGUACGACGAGUUCCUGCCCUGGGUCGAGGAGCAGGCCCUGGCAUACGCCAAGCAUCUGCCCAGGUCGCUUGUUGACAUCAUCACGGACAUUGGGAUCGAGGCCGGCCUGGAGAUGGAGGUGCUGCUGACGGAAAAGUACACGCCGAAGCACUUUGUGGAGGAGAUGAAGGGCAUUGCCGAUGGGGCAGGCCUCACGUACAACAAGGUCCAUCGCUACUCGAUGUUCCCGGAGCUCAUCAAGGCAGCGUGCACCAUCAUUGCUGGGUGGGGCAACGCGACCAAGGACGGGAGCUUGACCCAGGUUCGUGCCCUCGACUGGGGCGUGGACAACCCGAUGCGAUAUGCUCCGAUCACCUUUGUGUACCACCCCGAGGCGGGGCAGGGCAACGCGUUCAUGACCCAGGGCUUCCCCGGCUUUGUCGGCGCCAUCACCGGGUACUCGACCGAAACGGCCAUCUGCGAAAAGGUGUGGAUCCACUCCAACGAGACUAUUCUGCAGGGCCGCCCCGGCUACCCGUGGCACUUUCUCCUUCGCGACAUCCUGCAGUUCGACUCGACCAUUGCAGAGGCCACCGCCCGCAUGCAGGCCGCCAAGCGGACCGCAUCCAUCUUUGUGGGUGUCGGCUCGCGCGUCGACGGCCAGGGCCGCAUCUUCGAGUACUCGUACGACCAGCUCAACGAGUUUGACUGGAACACUCCGUUCCCGGGCUACGCCCCUACGCCGGCCGAGCAUCCCGCCAUGACCGAUCUGGUCUAUGUCGACAAGCACUCGCAGCCGUCGUCCCAUCCUUGCACCGCCUCGCUCCUCGACGCCAUCCACGGCGACAUUACGCCUGAGGCCAUCGAGCAGGACUUUGUCUCGUGGGUCGAGACCGGCGACAUGAUGAUCGCCGUCUAUGACUUUGGCACAAACUCGGUCGACGUCUCUGUGGCCUCGCAGGAUCCCGAGGCCAACCCCAUCCUCAAGGCCUAUGAACGCCAGUUCAUCCGCUACGACAUGGCCGCGCUCUUUGCCGAGCCGCGCCCAUAG